UAAGUACAUGACUACGUCAUAUCCGGCCGAGCGGACGCGGAAAAAGCCAAUAUGUGCGCUGCAAAGACGCCAGAUAAGGAAGGUUCCUUGGACCAGACGACACCGUCCACAACACCAUCCUCCUCCUCCUCCCCACCCCUCCUGCUGAGGAAGGAAAGCUGUGGAGAUCUUCAGUCUCGUCUUAAGACACGUAAGAUGCUGGGGGUGGGGGAGGAUGAUGAUGGUGAGAUACACCGCUCCAAGAUUAGCCAGAUCUUGGGACGAAGUGAACAUCUAAAAACCCGACUACCACCCGGACUGAGGACUUGGCAGGUGCUGUCUGCAGCGACCAUCACAGCCCUGGCCUUAACUAUGUUGGUGUUCCCAGACACUGCUACACAGACAGUCCUGUCAACCAGUGUGGCUGAUGUCCGGACUGGCAGCUGCAGUUCCCUCAAUGGUCGCCUCCAUGGCACUGCUCUGGCAGCGGUUGCACUUCUGCUGUGGAGUGCUGCAACUGCACCUGAGAAACUGCUCAUCAGGUGGGGCUUGUUAAUGGAGGCCAGUUUCCUGCUGUUCCAGGCUGUUGCCACAGAGAUGUCAGUGUGGGGCGAAUCAGAGCGACCAGGACUGUCCUGGGCCCCGGUGGUGCAGAUAGCGCGACUGCUGGGUGCCAUGACGUCCAUGGUGUUCUAUCGCCUGACGGGAGCCCCUCCUCGCAAGCCAGGCACCAUUAGGGACAAUCAGGACUAGGGAAAUAUCAGAGGCCCCUAUUGUAGGAUUCAAACAAAAAUCAGUGUUUUUGAUAAUUUUUUCACACAAGUUAAAUCUGCUUCAACACACAUUAAUGAGAGAAAUUCCCAUGGCACAAUUAUGAUGCUGUUGUGCUGAACAAACAUGUUGAAAAUUGGCCAUAGGGUUUGAUUAAAACUCACCUUUGCUUUAUGUAUAGUCCGGAAUAUCACACUUUUUAAGUUCUAUUCAUGUACAGGUCAUCUUUUGGCCAUAGAUAAACACUUGAAAUGAGAACAUAAGAAGCUGUUAGGAAUACAAACAUUGGACAAAAUUUUCUUUUAAGAGCACCAAAAUCUUACAGAAGGGGCCUUUAAAAGUCAUAAGACCUUCAUAAAUAACCUAGUCUGACUAGAAACUCACUGACUAGAGAUAUUGUGCCAGUCAAGAAACUGUGGUUGCUGUAAUGUUGCUGUGUAUAUAUCGUAUAGUAUAUAUUUAUACAAAAUGUCAUGUACAUGUAGCUGAUACAAGAACCAGAUAGCUACCCUGUUUGUUUAUCUUUCUGGUAUAUAAUACAAGAUAUAUUGACAAACACCUGUUAUUUAUAGAGCAUACUUCAUGAUACCUUAAUGUAUUUCAACCUAGUAGGUAAAGAUUAUAUGAAAUAAAGUACUACACUUUCUGGUUAUGUGCAACAGCAUGUAAUAUCAUUAAAUUGACAUACACACAUUUGCAUUAAAUAUGCAUACUUGUCCUUUGAUCGAACAUCACACCAUAAAAAAACAACCAAAUCAAUCGUUGAAUGUUAUAGUGACCAUGGUCACCAGUUUGGAACCCAGAAUGGCAGCUUCAGAAAAACAUAAAGCUGUGAUCAGUGUCAAAUGAAAUGAUGUGAAAAACUGUGAAAGUUCUUUAAAAAUACUAAGUAAUGAGUUGUGAGGACCAUUUUAGUCCUAAUCUCCUGUCACUGUUAUAAACAUUCACCUGUAUAGAUGACCAACUUUAGGCACAUGACAAGCAAGAUGUCGUUGACUAGAAAUUAUUACAUGGUUGUACAUUUGUUGUAGGAUUACUUAUUUCCUUUUAGUGUUUAUAUGUUAUAGAACACCUAAUAAAAAGUCAUUAUGCCCAACAAA